UGGUGUUGUCACUUCCUGCCCCUGGCAUGCACUGGCUCAGGGCAUCUAGGAGGGCAGGCCUGCCUUGAUGGGAAAGCCUGUGAACACCUUGGGGCUGACGGGCGGCUGCUGGGACGGGAGGCCAGUUCUGCUGGCUGAGAAGGACCAUGGCUGACACCCUGCAGGUCCCCCUGGCUGCUCUCCUGCUGCUGCCUGUGGUUGCUGCCAUGCACUCCGACUGCAUCUUUAAGAAAGAGCAAGCCUUGUGCCUGAAGAAGAUCCAGAGCGCCUAUGACCUUCUGGGCUUGAACGAUUCCUCUCUGGGAUGCCCUGGCAUGUGGGACAACAUCACAUGCUGGAAGCCGGCCCGUGUGGGUGAGGUUGUUGAGGUCAGCUGUCCUGAACUCUUCCAGAUCUUCAACCCAGACCAAGUCUGGGAGACCGAAAACACCGACAAGGGCUCAGUGAGCCGGAACUGCACGGAAGAAGGCUGGUCUGAGCCCUUCCCUCAUUACUUUGAUGCAUGUGGAUUUUAUGAGAAUGAAACUGAGCCUGAAGACCAGGAUUAUUACUACUUGUCAGUGAAGGCCCUCUACACUGUUGGCUACAGCACCUCCCUGGUCACCCUCACCACUGCUAUGGUCAUCCUGUGCCGCUUCCGGAAGCUGCAUUGUACCCGCAACUUCAUCCACAUGAACCUCUUCGUGUCCUUCAUGCUGAGGGCCAUCUCUGUCUUCAUCAAAGACUGGAUCUUGUAUGCUGAGCAGAACAACAACCACUGCUUCAUCUCUACUGUGGAAUGCAAGGCUGUCAUGGUUUUCUUUCACUACUGUGUCGUGUCCAACUACUUCUGGCUGUUUAUCGAGGGCCUGUACCUCUUCACACUGCUGGUGGAGACCUUCUUCCCUGAGAGGAGAUACUUCUACUGGUACAUCAUUAUCGGCUGGGGGACCCCAACCGUGUGUGUGUUGGUGUGGGCUGUGUUGAGGCUCUACUUUGAUGACACGGGCUGCUGGGAAAUGAAUGACAGCACGGCUCUAUGGUGGGUGAUCAAAGGCCCAGUGGUUGGUUCUAUAAUGGUUAACUUUGUGCUUUUCAUUGGCAUCAUUGUCAUCCUUGUGCAGAAACUGCAGUCUCCAGACAUGGGAGGCAAUGAGUCCAGCAUCUACUUAACAAAUUUAAGCCUGGGAGUCCCCAAGAAAGCCCGAGAGGACCCCCUGCCUGUGCCCUCAGCCCAGCAUUCACUGUCUUUCCUACGGCUGGCCCGGUCCACACUGCUGCUCAUUCCAUUGUUCGGAAUCCACUACACCGUAUUUGCCUUCUCCCCAGAGCAUGUCAGCAAGAGGGAGAGACUCGUGUUUGAGCUGGGGCUGGGCUCCUUCCAGGGCUUUGUGGUGGCCAUUCUCUACUGUUUCCUGAAUGGGGAGGUGCAGGCAGAGAUCAAGCGGAAAUGGCGGAGCUGGAAGGUGAAUCGCUACUUCACCAUGGACUUCAAGCACCGGCAUCCAUCUCUGGCCAGCAGUGGGGUGAAUGGGGGAACCCAGCUCUCCAUCCUGAGCAAGAGCAGCUCCCAGCUCCGCAUGUCCACCCUUCCAGCUGACAACCUGGCCACCUGAGCCCCGCUGUCCUCUCCUCCUGCACAGGCUGGGGCUGCAGGCAGGUGUCUGUGGCGCAUGUUUGAGCCUCUCCUCACCCCUUGGGCAGGUCCUGGCUGGAGCUUGGCUCCUCUCCAAGGGAGAGAAGGAAAUAGGGCACAAUCUGCUACCGGCCCCUCUGUUUUGGUACUGGCCCCACCCACCACGGUCCCCUGGGCCCUGACUUGACAUGUAAAUACCCCUCAGAUUUGGAAGUCUGUCUCAUCCUUGCUUCUCUCACCUCAGCCAGGCUCCAGCUCCACCCCACUGUCUGGCUAGCCUCAGUGAUGGUCUGCCCCCAGGCAUGAGGCCUUGUGAGCUGAGGCUGGAAGGACCCUGGUCUGGAGAGUCUGGGGUGGUACCUGCCUCAACAGCCCCCUCAUGCCUGACUUCAAAUGUGGGCCCUUCUCAGCCCUGGGCUCAGCACAUCACAGUGUCCCAGCUCCUGGAUGCCAGGGCAGUGGAACAGCUCCCGGGCUUUUUCAGUCAGAGACUUCACUUGUGGGGUGGGGGCUGAGGGUCAGGGAAAGUUCUGGUGCUUUUCAUUUGAUCCAAGAAGAACUGAGAGCCAGAAAUGUGCGUACGAAUGGAGAGGAGAUGGAGGAGUUUGGAAGAUCCAUGGAAGAAGACCUUCCCCAUCUCCAUCGCUCCACCCCUGAUGCAAGAUGGGCAUGGUUCAUCUGGUAGCUACCAUUCCACCUUCUGUCCCCAGGGGCUACUCCAGAGAAGUUGCUCCCCAGUCACCCCUACUAUGGAGAGUCUGUGUCCUUGCCCUCAAUUCCCCUUAAGUCAAAGCCAUGACUAGAAUGAACUAGCUGCCUUCCUGUGAUGUCAGCAAGUCCAGAAGCACCUUGCACCUCCAUGUGCCCAAGUCCCUGGCCCAGGGUUCACCCACACUCCACCUUAAUGGAUGAUGAGCCCCAGAUGCCAGCUUUUCUGGCCUGGACUCAGCUUCUGAACUUUCUCAGAGACCUCUGCGAAGACUUCCUUGAGUGCCCUUGGCAUUGGAUUCUUGUAGGCUGCUAGGAUGUCCUGAAGGGAUAACUCGUCCACCAUGUCCAUUAACAGAAGCCGCUGAUGGGUGGAGUGGCUACUUAGCAACACCCAUCCUAGCUCCCAGCUGCAGGUUGCACAGCCACGGCCUAAGAAUUACAAAAAACAGGCACAACCAGGCAGCAACCAGGAAAGCAGAGGAAAGUGCUGGUGUGCAAUGGCCCAUGUACCCUAGCUCAUUCCAUCAGCUCUUGGUCUUGUUCAUGUCUGUGUGGUUGAGAACUUGCUUCAUGAUCCUGUUGUGGAGUGCUUGGGGAGUUGGGUAGAGGGAGGUUUUGCUUUGCUCAGUUUCAUGAAGCAGAAGGAGCCCUGGUGAUAUGAGAUGGUGUUUCGGGAGAGGCCUGCAGAGUGACUGGUAGGGCUUUUGUCACUGUGAUUAGAGAUGAGCCCUGUGUCCUUGGCAGUGAAGUAAGCCCCUACAUCUUUUGGUAAAGCCAAGGGAGAAAGAACUCACUGCUCCUUUCCAGGCACAUCUAGUGGCUUUGACCACAGGCUGUGCAGUGGCCCUUCCACCCUGCACCUGACCUUGUCAUCCCCUCCUUCCCUGGGGCCAUGUGUAUUACACAAGCAAGUAUAUACUGAUCACCUUGCACUCAAGACACUGCUGGGAAGGAGCAGUGGUCUAGGAUUCAGAGACCUAGUUGGAUUUAGUUGCCCCAGUUGGGUUUAGAAUACUAAGAUUAUGGACAUGAUGCUCCCUUUUGAGCCUCCAUUUCCCCUCUUGUGAAGUAAAGUUGCUUCUGUUCCUUCUCCAUGUUCUGUACUUCAGCAGUCUUCCACUGCAAAACUAAGGCAGGUAGAUGAGCAUGCACCACUGUGUCUAUCAUCAAAGGUGUUGGUGCAUGUGUACGUGUAUGUGGGUAAGUAAGGUGGGGAAUGCUGUUUAUUUUCCUUUGCUUAGGAACCAAACUCCUUACUCUUCUGUUUGGACACCACAGUAGUAGCUGGCAUCCUGGAGGGAAGACUUAAGCCAGGGUCAUUGAACAGGUGCCUUGGGCAUGAUGUGGUGACUCAUCCCUCUCCUUGGGGUGGGUACCAUGACUGGUAUCCAAGCAGUCCUCUGGCCAUGGACCUCAUCCAUUUGCCAUCACCCCACCAGCAGGUCUGCUUCACUGUGGAAGAAGAAACUGUGACUUUAUAGAUAUAUAAUCACAAAACAGCAAAAACAAAAUCUACUCCAAGUCCCAUGUCCUGAACUGUUUCCUGAGCCCUGGGCCUGAGUCCUCCUAGAGGUUCCGGUUCCUAUUGGUUGUUUUUCUAUCUGAAUGCUUUUUCGCCAGUCUUAUGAGCAGAUGUCUGUGAUGUACUCUGAAUGUCCUAGGAAAAUCUGGCCUUCAGGGUCACAUGAACAGCAUGAGGUAUGGGCAAAACCUUUCCCUCUCUGGCCCUCUGUUUUCAAAUCUGUACAACGGGCAAUAAGACUAGAUGACUUGUAUAUAGCCCAAUGCAUCCCUAGAACUCUUUGUCUAAACACCAGCCACCCACUGGGAAUGAGCCCUGGGAAGGAUUGACUAAGAAAGGGUAAGAAAUUGUUGUGUGAAGAGGCCUUAGGCACUUGGCAAAGCUGAGGCUGGAGAAGAGUGGAGUACUGGGACUCCAUGCCCAUGGAGGGUCAUUCCUGGGAAGGUUCUUGUUCUAUGCAAUCCUAAAGGACAGACCUCACCCACCACAGGAGGCUGUGACCUCUCCUUGGGAUAAGGGGGCAUAUAGUUCCCUGUCAUGACUGUCCAGCCAUGGGAGUGGCAGGCAGUAUGUGGAAAGGGUCUCUAGUCCUGAGGGAAGUAGGGUUUUUUUAAGUCAAGUAAUCUGAGGCUGCUGUUGAGCCAAUGAAGGGUCAGAGAGUGGGAUUUAGGAAGUUCAGCCCUCUUAUGUCCCAGUACUGUGAGCCUUAUGACUCCCCCCAACCUUGAAGCCAGACUGUAUUCUCUUUGGGCAGCACUGUGAGCCUUCUUGACACGUCCAGUGGCCCACAGUAAUUCCAUCUCACCCUGUCUUGGGUUCUUGGGCACUAGAGUGAGGGAGCCCAAGCUGGGUCCAAAGCUGGAAAUUUACCUGUGUCUGUUGUCAUUCACUAAAGGCUCAGCCUCUUCAUGCGCCCCUCUCUUCGUGAGGAAAGGCUGGAAGAGGCUCUCUCUUUAAUUCUUUGAGUACCCUUACCUCCUUCAGGGCCACUCCAGAGCGAAAGCAAUGAGUACUUUGUCACCAUCGACUCCCACUUGAGCCUAGGAAACUUGGAAACUGGCUGGAGGAGCCCGAGCAGGGACCUGGAGACCUGGACCUAUCCCAGCUUUGCUGCUGACCUGCUGUUUGAUCUUGACUCAUCCCCUAUGUAUCUUUGGGGGAGAGUCACAAAAUACUAGAGCUGGGAAAAACUUAGAGGCCUGCAGGUCAGACUUCCUCCUUGGACUGAUAAGGAAACAUGGGUGGAUCUAGCAUAAAUCUGGAUGAAGACAUGGCCCCAGCAAUAUGUGCACCGCCUUGUACAGGACCAGAGUGUGACAUGUGACAGACAGCAUUUGAAGAAUUAACACUCCUGUGCAGAAUACAGAUUCUGUCUAUGGAAAGUUGUCAGGACUCUAGACUGCAGAAGUAAUGGAGCCAGCAUAGUGUGGGAAAACCAGUUCUCUAACCUGAGCUUUGCCUCCUGCUCUGUGACUCCAGAUUCGCCCUCUUCCAUCAUCUGCCUUCCAGUCUGAGAAAUGAGGACGUGAUUGCAUCAUCUGUCCUACAGGCCAAUAUGAGGUUGAUGUGUGAGAAAGAACUUUGGCAACAACAUAGAUGUAGGCUCGUUCCUGGGCAAAGGCUCCCCAAAAGGGACUCCUUGCUAUUUGUCUACUGCUUUGAGCCCUUCUGGAUUAACCUUUACUCCAUUUGUAAAACCACCAGCACUGGGGGUAAGGGGACAGCCAGAGAGCUCUGGUGGACAGAGUUCCAGCUUUAUCACUGUCAGUUUGUUCAGUUUGCUUUCAAGAUUAGGAUGGAGCAUUGCCAUGCCACCUUCCUGGGAAUCUUUCAUGGACAUUCCUCAGAUGGGCAGUAUGCUCAUUCCUUCUCCUCUCCCCAAACUCCAGCUCCUGGGAUGUGUCUGCCCUUGUCCAUGUGUGCCUCGUCUGAUGUCUCUCUCCUGUGGCUUUGCACCUGUCAGGCUGGAGUGGUUGGUGCAGCCCCUAGCAUCCCAGGCAUAGCUCCUGGCUCAUUCAUGAGAGCUGGGCCACCUGGAUUUCAUCUCCCACAAUAAAGAUGAGCCCCCCAGACCUUACUGCCCGCUCUGCCACCACUAAUGCUGUGCUCACAACCUUGUCCAGGAUUUUAAGAAUGUCACAUUGCUGUAGAUGACUCAAUAA